CGCCGUAGGGAGCACGCGCGUGUUGUUUUCUCUCAGUAGCCGGUGCAGUCAGUAACCGCCUCUCUCGUUUACGGUGACAGCCGGUUUCUUCUUCCCUGUCUUCUUUAACUGGCGCGUCUUAAAGAACAGAAAGAUGGCAGGUCAGGCACCUUCUGUUGCCAUGGAUGCCGUCUUGAAGCCGAGCUGCGAGCUCCCCGAGGACAUGCCAAAGAUCAGAGGCUACGACUUCAACAAGGGGGUCGAUCUCCAGGCGCUGCUGAGGUCCUACAUCACCACUGGCUUCCAGGCCAGCAGCCUGGGCCUGGCCAUCCAGGAGAUUAACGCCAUGAUAGAGAAGCGUCUUGAGCCGUUAGAGGAGAUUGAAGGAAAACAGAGUGACGUGCCCGAUGAACACCGCGUCAAGUCAGGCUGCACCAUCUUCCUGGGUUACACCUCCAACCUCAUCAGCUCCGGAGUCAGAGAGAGCAUCCGCUACCUGGCAGAGCACAAGAUGGUGGACGUGAUUGUAACCACAGCUGGAGGCGUCGAGGAGGAUUUCAUUAAGUGUCUGGCUCCCACGUACCUGGGAGAAUUCAGCCUGCCUGGAAAGGAGCUCCGCCUGAAGGGCAUCAACAGGAUAGGGAAUCUGUUGGUGCCCAAUGACAAUUACUGCAAGUUUGAAGACUGGCUGAUGCCCAUCCUGGACCAGAUGUUGUUGGAGCAGAAGACAGAAGGCACCAAGUGGACACCCUCCAAAAUGAUUCAUCGGCUUGGCAAGGAGAUCAAUAAUACUGACUCUGUCUACUAUUGGGCGUACAAGAAUAAUAUUCCAGUGUUCAGUCCGGCCCUGACGGACGGCUCUCUGGGAGACAUGCUCUACUUCCACUCCUUUAAGAACCCUGGCUUGGUUUUGGACAUAGUGGAAGAUAUUCGCAGGAUGAACAGCCAGGCUGUGUUUGCCAAGAGGACAGGAAUGAUCAUCCUGGGAGGAGGGCUGGUCAAACAUCACAUAGCCAAUGCUAAUCUAAUGAGGAACGGAGCUGACCAUGCAGUGUUUGUCAACACUGGCCAGGAGUUCGAUGGCUCUGACUCUGGGGCCAGACCUGAUGAGGCCGUAUCCUGGGGCAAGAUCAGAACCGACGCCAAACCUGUGAAGGUGUAUGCAGACGCUUCUUUAGUCUUCCCUCUGAUCGUGGCCGAGACCUUCGCGCUCCACGCCGACAAGCUGACUGCCGACAAGACAGCAGAUUAGCGGUUGCUCUCUUAAAUGCUCCAUUAGAAACAACCAACUAUACUCCUCCAGUUCUUCUACUUUGCAGGAAUUAUUGCAUACAUAAGUUGGACCUUAUAACCAUUUCUGUUGAAAACACAUAAUUAAGGCUUGGCAACUUUAAGAAGCAGAGUCACACACAAUGCUGCAAUUGAACGCUUUAUUAAUGGGAGUCGGUGGGGAGGGUUUGAGGCUGUCUUAAUGCUUUCCAUAACAAAAUUUACUUGUUAAAACAAGUACAGUUUUUUUCUCUCUUUUCAGACAGCUGAAAUAGUAUGGGCAGCGUGCUAUUGCAUGUACUAAUGAUACUGUUGAGAGUGCAUUUGGGCACUCAGUUUUGUGUGUGAGUGUGUGUGUGUGUGUGUGUGAGAGAGAGAGAGAAAGAGAGAGAAUAGAUACACACUCAUGAGGCAUCGUUAUUUAAGGUUUUGAUUUAUUUUAGUGUAGCUGUGGGCAGCAUGUCAUACCAUCACAUCACUUGAAUUUUAUCGUAUUGCUACUCAGUUUUUUUUUAUUAUCCAAACGUUUAAAUUACUUACACAGUUACAAGAAUAGAGAUGUGCCUAUACAAUAAAUAAUAAAUGUAA